UUCAAAAUGGCGGCAAUACCAAGACUUCUCCUCAAUAGGUUAAAUGUAGGCACUUUGGCAGUUUGCUUAACUCGUGCACGAGUUUCAACUCGAUUUUUGUCAAAUGAUCAACAUAGACCCACAGAAACAAACAUAUCAACUGAGGAAGACAUGAUAUCUUCUGUGUCAACAGCAAGUAAUUCUUUUGAGAGGUUAUCAGAUGCUUUCUCUGGUGCAGCAACAACACCUUUUAGCCAAGAAAUCAUUCAAGUUCUGAUGUCACCUAUCAAUGAAACUGAUGUUGAGAUCAAACCAGAUGGAUUGAUUUAUCUUCCUGAGAUAAAAUAUAGAAGAAUACUUAAUCAAGCAUUUGGUCCAGGUGGAUGGGCACUGGUGCCACGAGGCGAGUCUCUUCAAUUUCAGAAUGAUAAAGACAACAGCCAGCUAAUUGUGCGGGAGUAUGCAUUAUUUUGUUUGGGAAGAUUUGUUGCGCAGACUGUUGGUGAACACACUUUUUAUUCCUCUAAUAACAUGGUGUAUGGAAAAGCUAUGGAGGCUGCCAAGUCUAAUGCAUUGAUGAGAUGUUGUAAAGACCUUGGAGUUGCCAGUGAGCUCUGGGAUCCACAGUUCAUCAUUGAUUGGAAGGACAAAUAUGCUCUGAACACAUGGUGUGAAAAUGUGCGAACAAGAGAUAAAAAGAGGUUGUGGAGAAGGAAAGACAGAAAGUCAACACAUGCUUUUCAAUACCCAUGGAAGGAAGUUGCUCAGCAGGAGAAAUUAUUUCAGUAAAGUAAACAGAUAUUUCCAACAAAUCACUGAAGGCCAGUUUCACAGGACAGUCAAUGGUGUUUACACAACACCAACACUUACACAAACAGUUAAUAACUCUGACAGUUUUGUCCCAGGCUAAGAAAGGAUUUCACGUCGUCAAACAAUGUUAUUGGACCUGUAACAUUUUUUACCUACUGUAAAUAAUGGUAAUAGGACUGAGAGGAGUCUAAUUUGGUUUGCUAUUAUAUGAGUGCUUGACAAAAUUGGACAACUGUGAAGCAGGAGUCUAUUUGUUAAUCAUUAGUUGGAUGACAGAAUUGGACGACACAAAGUCCUGUUACCAGUUAAUCAAAACUAUGACAAAAUCUGAGAAAGAAUGUAGAUAUUGGUUAAUAUACAUUUUCGUAAAAAACAACUGACAGUUCACUUGGCAAAAUGUGUAACUACAGUCCGCACACAUGGCACAUACUGUCUAUUUACACAGGUGUGAUGUGUCAACUGUCCUAUUACUCUAUCCAAUUACAAGCAAGACACAUACACUGUCCUAUUAGUGCUCAAAUCAGGCUGGUCAUAAUCAAUGACAUUCAAGAAUUUUGUUAUAGUUUUGAUUAAAGUGCAGAACAGCUACCCACAAGUCAUGGUGGUCAACUGUUCAACAAUAAACUACCAGAAGGUCAGCAAAAUUGCCUUCUAACUACAUUUGAGUAGUUUUUCUCAACUUUUUUCUGUCUUCAGAUGGCAAAGUAAGGCAUGUUAUUGAAUAGUUAAAAAUUCAUAGACAGAAUUCAGAGCCCAGAUAUUUCAUGUCAAAUGAGUUGAUAACUUUAAUACAUAAUGUCCAUAGAGAUGUACAUGAUGUAUUACUGAAAGUACAAAGAUGCAACAGCACCCAGUAGUUGUCAAGUGUGUAGUAUAAGAUGUUCAGUCAGGGAAGACAUGACCUCUUUUGAUGUUCUUAUAGCCAGUUAUUAAUCUUAUAAGGCAGGAAUCUGAAUGUACACAUUCCAUUUGCAUUAAAAAUCAUAACAGCUGGUCCUGGAAAAGUGUUGUUUAAUAAGUGUUAUAAUAACAAAAAAAAUCGUUUUGCAUUCUAAAAUGACUCAUCAGCUUUUGGUUUUCAUAUUCAUGACAUUUUCUUUCAACAGAGUUUUUUAUUUAUUGUGAAAGAGGACUUUUUUGUGUGAUCUUUCCUAAUAUGGACAGCAAAGCAGCAUAAUAAACAUUUUGAAACUUUUAUAGUUCAGUAACCUUGAAGCACUGGAAAUGCACACAAAGUUUCAGGCCUGGAGCAUUUCAGCUUUGAGCUUCUACAUCAAGUUUUUCUAACUACUAAUUUUUUCAUGUAUCUGACAGGUAUUUCAAUAAUGAACAAACAGAGGAAGGAAUCUAGGAAAUUAGAAAAAGAAUGGACAGGACAAAAAUGGAUUUCAUCAUAGAACCUAAAGCAGCUGAAAUGGGUGGAUUGAGGGUAAGGGUUACUGCAAAGGGUACAGCAAGCCUCAGGGAGAUUUUAUCAAAGUUGUAUUAUUAAGUACUUAAAGUAAGAUGAAUGAAGUUUCUUUGUGAACUUCUGAUAGGCAUUCCGAUUUUCAUGGUGACCUCAAUAUCUAAACUUCUUUGAAAAGCACUGAAUUUUUUAAACUGAAAAAUUAGGCAGUGAGUAUUUCUUAAUAGAUUAUAUGAAGAAUACGACUUGUGCUCUAGAAAAAUUUAUCUUGGGGUUGGGAUAUUAAUAGAGGUGUGAUUGUGAAAUGAAUGCAGACUGAGAUAACAUAACUUAGCUGCGCAACAAGAUAUCAUUCUUUACACUAUGACUCACUUAGAAAUCAGAAAAAUCCAAAUCAUUUUGAUUAGCAAACAGCAUUUAUUGAAAGAAAAGUCACACAAUCAAGUCAAUAAAAGCAUUACAUUCUUGCA